AUGAACCAGAUUCUCAAAUACGGCUCUAUUGAUAAGAUUCCCUUUUAUAAUUGCAGUGCUCAUACAUCUCAAGAAUGGUCUGACUUAUAUGGAGUGUCUCAUCCGAUUCUAGGCUUGCUAGAUGUCAUUUUUGGGGUUACUCAUAAGUUGAGCAAGAUGUUUACAGGAAAUCGCCCAUUUCUCAUCAUGCUUGCCCCAUUUCUCUAUGGCCUCUAUUUCGCUGUGUUCACUAAUCCAGUUGGCUUCAACUCAAAGUACUACACAUGGCUAUUCAACCCGAUGAUCAGUGACAUUAAAACUGAUAAGUACAUCAACAUCUCUCAUGCUGUUAACAACGUGGCAAUUGUUGCAAUCACCUGUAUACUGUAUGUUUGGUUGUAUUUAGAAGUUCGAGAGAAAUUAAAAGCAAUUGGUUGGAAGGAUCGGAAGAAUGAUUUGGGCUUUCAAAUUCUGGUUCAGUCUGCUAUGAUUUGCUCAAUCAACUUUGUCGCUUCCAUCAUUUUCGUUGUCAUGAACAUCGUUGAACUUCCUAUUUGGAUCAUAAUAGUGGCUCAAAAGAUGUGGCAAUUGAUUCACGGAGCACCAGUUUUCAUUUAUUUGACUCUGAAUAGAACUAUCAGAAAAGGAUUCAUCAAACUUUUCCAGGAAAUUAAGAAGGUUUACCACAUUCCGCAUUCGACUACUGACGACGUAUAUCGUGAUAACGGACACCAGAAACUUCCAAAUAUCAAGGGUGUGCGAGAUUGCUCAUAUUCGUACAUGAUCUGA